CACAUCCGGCUGGGGUGGGGUUUCUCCCGCCGCGGCAGUGACUCCGGGCUGGAAGCAGGCGCAGUCGGCUGCCUUAUGCUUCGGUACCUUGAUGCUUCCCUCAAGAUAGCACCCAGAAACCAGAGAUUUCAAGGUUAAAGAAACUCGCCAGGUGGUGUCCGGUCCAGGGCUGUGGGUGAGCGACUGCGUGGUAUUGAAAGUGUCCAGCUAUGGCAACCAACAAGGGCAAGAACCAGAGCUCUCUGGCCCUGCACAAGGUCAUCAUGGUGGGGAGUGGAGGGGUGGGCAAGUCUGCCCUCACGCUGCAGUUCAUGUAUGAUGAGUUUGUCGAAGAUUACGAGCCCACGAAGGCUGACAGCUACCGGAAGAAGGUGGUCCUGGAUGGGGAGGAGGUCCAGAUUGACAUCCUGGACACCGCGGGGCAGGAGGACUACGCUGCCAUCCGGGAUAACUAUUUCCGCAGCGGAGAGGGGUUCCUCCUGGUCUUCUCCAUAACGGAGCACGAGUCCUUCACCGCCACUGCGGAGUUCAGGGAACAGAUCCUACGAGUAAAGGCGGAAGAAGACAAAAUCCCCCUGCUUUUGGUUGGGAACAAGUCGGAUUUGGAGGAACGGAGGCAGGUGAUGGUCGACGAGGCCAGGAGCAAAGCAGAGGAGUGGGGUGUCCAGUACGUAGAGACCUCGGCGAAGACCAGGGCCAAUGUGGAUAAGGUGUUUUUCGACCUGAUGCGGGAAGUCAGAGCAAAAAAGAUGUCGGAGAACAAGGACAAAAACGGCAAGAGGAGCAGCAAGAACAAAAAGAGCUUCAGAGAGCGGUGCUGUUUACUUUGAUCGCAGCGCGGACCUGCGGCACGGGGCGCCCCUAGACAGCGAGGGUUCGAAAUCGGAACGCCUUUCAAAUCUUAAGUAAAACAGAUCAGUAUUUUUAAAAGUAUUUCUUUGAGUUGGAUUCCUUACUGACUGUCACUGGCUGAAUCUUUUUAUAUAUAUAUAUAAUCAAUCAUGUCCAGAUUCUCUUCCUUACCAUAAGUAAGCCGUUCUAGCUUGGAUAAUGAGUAAAUCGAGAUCAAACAGUGUGGUGUCACGGGAUUGUAUUUUUUUCUACAUCACAUUCAGCUACCAAGCUCCUCCUCCCAACACUAACCUCUUUCUUUCUUCUUGCUAAACGUCAUUUAAUUAUUCGCUUGCUCCGGAUCACAGUGUGACGCUUUGCUGUACGUCUUUGCUCUGACUCAAUGCAUCUGCCCGUCUGGCAGAAUCACUGCCUCGAUACGAUAACAUGCAGCCCAUCGGACUGCUCCCGGACUCCUUUUGUCUGAUUUUGGGUUAGUUCUUGAACUAGAGCUGCACCGUCAUCACUGAACGGUUUUUUGGGGGACAAAAAGCCCAGAUUUCGAUUUUAGAAGCCUGUCAUUUGUAUUAAGUGCAGAACUGCAAAAGAGGAAAAGAUUAAUUGAAUCGAAGUAUUAAUGUGCCUGUUGCAAAAUCCCAUAAAUUCAAUUUGAUUUUUGGCGUUUGCACAUAAUUUGGAAUUUACACAUUAUUUUAUCUAUGGGACGUCUCAAACCCCCCUCCAAUAAAAUAGGUAAAAAUGCAUUCGUUUUUAGUUUCACGAUGGAAACGUUCAGACCCAGAACGUUUGCUAGUAGAAGUUACUUGGUGUCGCACAGCACUGAAAGGCUGCUUUCCUAUUUGCAGUGAAAGCAGCUGGUUAGUUUUUCAUUGUGCGUCUGCGUGUGAGGUCACCUGUUCAGGUAGCAGUCCUGCAUUCGCACAAAGGGCGUUGCUGGACGGGUUUUCAGAUCCGCUUCCUUUCCCGAAAGGAGCAGCCCAAACUGUAUCUCGAUUUCUACCCCACCUGGAAACUGGUGUGAGAACCGUUGAGGUCUUGCAGCGACAGGUUCUGGUUUGACGGUCCGUCUUGCACCACGCUGCUUACUUGUUCACGUCUCAGUUGUCUUGUACCCCUGUGUACCCUAGCUUUGCCCAAAUGUAGUACAGUAAGUGUAGACCCGAGCGUAAAAAGUGAGAUUCUACACCCCACCACACAACAGUGCCCUUCUACACCCUUCCUCGAGAGAGGGUUCGAGUAUAAUUCGUGCCAAAAGAAAGGAGUAACGAAUUAAACUUUCAAUUUACCGGCAGAGAUUUCCAGGUGCUUUAAAUCACUCCAGCGACGCCAACUCCUUCUUCCAUGCCUUGUUAAAAAACAAACUUAGAAGGUGAGGCAGGGCGGUGGUUUGUAACUCGGCGAGAGCCAGAGGCGGAGCGAGGUGUUCGGACAGCCGGGAGCGGGGCUCGGGAGCUCGGGUCCGGGUUCUGCUGCGCCGCGGCUGGCGCCCCGCACUGCUUUAAGUCUUCAAACACAGCUGCUUGAACUAAAAUGAGAAUGGUUUCCAAUAACAUCUCUCUUGCCGUAAUAGUACACUUUCAGUUUUUUAAAAACAAAAAACCCGAUAACCUGAUCACUAAGGAAACUGACUUCAAUUUAGGUUUCAGUGAGCGACUUUUACUUAUUGUAUUUUAAGUGCUUUUUACACAUCAAUUUAGCCUUUUGUGCCAAAACAUGUUUUUUUUUUAAAUCAAAACCGUUUUUAUGAAGAACAAAAACAUGGAUACUACAUUUUUCAUUUUGAUGGUAUCAUUCAACGGGAAACGUUUUUCAGUCUUCCUCUUCGUUGGAUUAAGAGGACCAGUGUUUGAUGCUGACAAGCUGUUCAGAUGGAAUUGAACGUCACAGGCAAACUACCCUCUGUUUCUCUGCGUGCUGCACAGUAGGUUUCCCACUCCAUGCGCUUCCGUGGGCCAGUGAUGGUGGACUGUGGUGAGGGUUACUUAUUCUCCUACUGUAGGUCUCCCCACUCCCGACGCCUUCAGAGGGAAUCGAGUUGCGCAGUCUUGAUUCCGGAUCGUACACGAUUUCCCUUUUGGGCGUGUGGACAUGUGGACAGUUCUGCUGCUAAAAAAAAUGUAUCUUCUCCCUUUAAAACCGGAAGUUCGAAAAAGGGAAUACUGCAGUACCUAACUAAAUGUCCAGAAGUGUGUCCCUGUAUCCAGUGUGUUUCCAUGUCUCGACGCGCUGUCAUUUAAAUCACGGGCGAAGAAUCAAUAAAACGCUCCGUGUCCUUGCCACGAAAGCUGGAGCCCAGCGUGGCGCAUGUGAUUGAAUUAGGGUGCAGGGAGCCCAGCACGACCUUAGAGCUGGUGGAGCAGUAGGGGGCCGGACGCCUACAUUGUGCGGAACAGGAGAGCUGGGGCUGAAGCGUCUCUCUGCUGCUGCUGCAUUUUUCGCGUUUCCCCACCGGUGCCAGCUGGAGCCUCCCAGUGUGCGCAGCGAGACUCCCGUUGUGUCACACUGGGGGGCGCAGGUGGCCGGUUGAAAUCCAACGGGAGGGGGUGGCCGCUUCACUUUGCGCUUUUUUUUUUUGGUGCUCCUUCGUCUCGCCCGUGUCCUUCAGCGGCUCCUCCGAGCCGCGGUCCCGUUCAAGCGACGGUGUGAACGCGGGCCGAGCGGGACCGGCAGCGAGGGCUCGGUUCUGCGGCGUCGUUUUCCCUGCUGACCUUGCUGCCGCACCCCGAGUCAGGUCACCCCCCUGACCGGCUGGUGUGUCCCUCUCCCCUGCUGCGCUAACGCUUGACCGCCCGCCUUUAAAAGGAGGAAAGGCGAAGGAUGGACUUCUGCGGACUAACCAAUCCAAGCGCCGUCCCCGUGUGCAGAACGAAGCCCUGUGUCGUUCUCAUUCUGUGAGAACCGGUGCGGGGUCAGCUGUCACACUGCUCUCUUGAUUUUAAUGGAGUUAGUUCUUUUAUUAAUGUUGUAGGAAGAUCGCCUAUAUGACAGAUGUUGCUAUUAACCUAGUUGCUGCUGCUUCACCUCUGAGGGCUGUAACUAUCUGCCAUAUUGUUUUUUUUUUUCAAAUAAUCCUCCUCUAGAAUCACGCAAUUGAGGAAUACAAGGGGAAUGGGUGUGAUUUCCUCUACUGUCGAUUUCCUCUCGCGUCCUCACCCUCGUGUUUCCACUUACAGCGAGGGAUUUUUGUAAGCAUGAAAAUGAACUGAUUUCUUUCACACUUUUUUUCAGUAAUGUAAAUUGUGUGUAUGUAAAAAAUUGUAAUAUUUCUGUACGGGCAUAAACAAACAAAUUUAACUUUUCAUUUUUGCAUUAUGUCGACGGCAUUUAGGGACACUUCACAGUGGGUGUACUAUAUAUAUAUAUUUUACACUGUUGUGUUUAUUUGCAUUAUUGGAUUUUCCGUUUUUAUCUCUAUUAAAGAUACCAUUGGGAA